AUGUUCUUCAACGCCCACAAUUUUCCAGCAUGUUGUGAGAUGAAUGGACUUGAAGUUGCUUUUCACGUUCAACUGAACGUUGUUGAUGAUAUUUUCUUUUUCGGCAACAAAUUAAAUGGUAAUGAUGAUGACGAAAGUAAUCAUGUUGCACAUAAAAAAUCAUUUUCUAGCUUAAAGGUAGCAACUCAGAACGAUGACAUAGAAAGUUUCCAGGGUGGCUAUAAUUUCUGUACUUCCCAUCAAAACAUAUUCGACAAAUCGCCUCGAGAAAAGUCGUAA